AUGAAGCACCCCCAAACCCCAGCCUCAGCCUUCGAGCUCCUCAGGCCUAAUCCAACCCCAACCCCAACCCCAGCUUCGACCUCGACCUCAACUUCAACUUCGGCAUCUUCUUUCAAGUCCCUCCCAAUACCCAAUACCAACAGCCACCCCCCCAAAAGCAAGGGCAAGGGCAAGGGCAAGGGCAAGGCUCCAGCGCAGAAGCCACAACCAUGGAUAACCCAUAGCGCCCUACACAUCGCCAACGAGCUCGCCCACACGCACAACGCCAUGCUGCGCGGCCUCAACGCGCUAUACCUGCAAGCCCCUUACAUCACCCACACCCACACCCACACCCACGACCCCCACAACGACAUCAGCGAUUUUCUAUUUCUGGCGCAGGCGUGGGCGGUCUGGGUUCUCGAGCACCAUACCCUAAAGGAGAGGGUGCUGGUGCCUGGGUUUGAGGCGGCGCUGGGGUUGGCGCCGGGGGAUUUGGGGAGGCGGGUGGAGGGGGUUGUUGAGCGUGGUGGCGGUGGUGAUGAUGGUGAGAGGGGUAGUGGUAGGGAGCUUGAAGGGGAGGGGGAGGGAGAUGUGGAUGUAGAUAGGGGUGGAAAGGGCAAGGGGAAGGAAAUAGAUCAAAAGGAAGAAAAUAACGAAAAGGAUGGGGAGAAAGAAAAAGAAGAAAAACAAAACCCCAUCCCAACCCACCUCACCAACCUCCACACCUACGCCCUCACCACCCUCUCAACCCUCUCCACUCCAUCCUCCCCCUCCUACUCCCCCACCACCCUCCGUGCCCUCCUCUCCGCCCUCGCCGGGAACCUAGUCCCGCACCUCCACGCACAGAUCCUCGUCUUCUUACAGAUGAAGGAUCUCUGUCCAUCCCCCUCCCCUUCCCGCCAUCCCCGCUCCCACAAACCAACACCAGCCCCCGAACCCCUCCUCUCCCAAUCCCACCUCUCCUUCACGGCGACGCACAACACGACCAUGGACCGGUUCACCGUGCUGCCGAUGCUGAUGCAUUCGCGGGACAUCACGUACGAGAACGGUAGCGGUGGUCGGGGCGGGGGAAGGGUUGAGGGCAAGAAUGACUGGCCGGGGCUCUCGGUGCCCGCCGUCCACGCCGUCGCGGACCGCUUGGCCCCGAAGCACGCGGGCGCGUGGCGGUUCUUGCCGUGUGAUGUUUGGGGGCGGCCGAGGGAGUUGGUGGCGUUUGGGUUUGGAGAAAAAAAAGGGGGGGGAGGGUUGAAUGAAUGA